CUGGGCCCGGGUUGGCGAUGAUUUACUCCCGUUUCUUAGCCAAGACCCGGACCGCCCUCCGCCUUCGCAGCCCCUUGGCUCGGCAAUGCAUCGCGGAAUUCCUGGGGGUGUUCGUCUUGAUCGUGUUAACGCUGAGCGGAACUGCGCAGUCUGUCACCAGCGAAGGGACAAAGGGAGGCUACAUGAGUUCAGCCCUGGUUUCCGGCAUCGCUGUGAUGCUGGCAAUCCACGUCUCGGGCGGCGUCUCAGGAGGGCAUUUGAACCCGGCCUUCUCGCUAGCCAUGUGUCUGCUAGGUCAAUUCCCAUGGUGGAAGAUGCCAAUCUAUGGGGCCAUUCAGAUCCUGGGCUCUUUUAUAGGCGCCAGCGCCGUCUACGCUCUGUACUAUGAUGCUAUCCAGAGCUAUAGCAAUGGGACCCUGGCAGUCACCGGUCCGCGUGAAACUGCCUCCAUCUUUGCCACCUACCCAGCUCCCUACCUGUCGAUACGCAACGGCUUCCUUGACCAGACGUUGGGGACGGGGAUGCUGGUUUUGAGCAUCCUGGCCCUCCUGGACUCCCGCAACAAGAGCAUGCCACCAGGGCUGCAGCCGUUGGGCGUGGGCUUGCUGGUCCUGAUGCUCAGUCUGGCCAUGGGAGCCAACUGCAGCUGUGCCAUCAACCCAGCUAGGGACUUGGGCCCGCGGCUCUUCACCUACGUGGCCGGCUGGGGCCCCCAGGUGUUCAGUGCUGGAAAUUACUGGUGGUGGGUGCCUGUGGUGGCCCCGAUGGUGGGAGCAGCAACCGGGACGGCCAUAUACCAGUUUGGGGUUGAGUUUCACCACCCGCCAGCUCAGGACGAGGCGGAGGAGGACCUGUCCACCGAGAAGCCUCACCCAAGAAUGGAGAAGGAGAUAGAAAUCCCAGUUUAUGCCGUGAACGUGUACGCCGAGUCCUGGAAAGACGAAAGCACGGAGGCCGUCCCGGCUGGCAAGCCUGGCCAAUGGAAAUCGGCCAAUUCGAGUUGA